CCUACUUAUUGAUAAGAGUUUAUAAAAAAAAUAUAUAAAUUUGUGUUCUAAGUAAAAAUGUAUAUAGAAGUGAACAAGAACAAUUUAUAAUAUUUCCUGAAAAUGUUCAUACUUAAAAUCACACUAAUAAUAAUAGCUCAAUGAAAAUUGAUCGGCAAAAUGUUGAGUACUGAAAAAAAGUAAAUUAUUGGUUGAGAUUUUAGAAAUCCAAAAUGAGUACUUUGCAUAAAAAUUGCCUUAGUCAACCUGGACGUAAAAAAGUUCAAAUAUCAUUUGUUAUUCGCGAUGAAGAAGAACGAAGACAUAGAGCAGGUGUUAAUUCUUUACAAUUAGAUGCUAAACAAGGAAUAUUGUAUUCUGCUGGUCGUGAUGGCAUUAUUCGUCAAUGGGAUGUUCGUGAUAAUAUAGAAGCAUCAUAUUUGCGAUCGCUUGAACACCACACGGACUGGGUUAAUGAUAUAAUUCUGUGUUGUGGAGGAAACUACUUAAUAUCUGCCAGCUCAGACACUACAGUCAAAUUAUGGGGCCUACGAAAAGAAAACACUUGUCUGUCAACUUUACGAACACAUAAAGAUUAUGUUAGAGCUUUAGCCUAUGCCCGUGAUAAAGAAGUAGUUGCAUCUGCUGGACUAGAUAAAACUAUUUUUAUGUGGGAUGUCAAUAUGCUAACUACCUUAACUACAACAAACAAUACAGUAACAACUGCUUCACUACCUGGCAGCAAGAACUCUAUCUACAGUUUAGCAAUGAACAGCAGUGGAACAGUUUUAAUUAGUGGAAGUACAGAAAAAGUAUUACGAGUAUGGGAUACAAGGACUAGUGACUGUUUGAUGAAGCUUAUAGGUCAUACUGACAAUGUUAAAGCUUUAGUAGUGAGCCGAGAUGGCACACAAUGUUUAUCUGGUAGCUCAGAUGGCACCAUCAAAUUAUGGUCACUUGGACAACAACAAUGCAUACAAACUCUAAGAAUUCAUAAAGAAGGAGUUUGGGCUAUAGCAGCAACUGAAAACUUUUCACAUGUUCUCUCUGGAGGUCGUGAUAAAAAAAUUUAUUUAUCAGAUUUAAAAAAUCCAAACAAGGUUCAAUUAAUAUGCAAUGAGUCGGCUCCAGUUGUAAAAAUGGUUACUACACCAGAUAUGAGUGCUGUUUGGGUAGCUACAUCUGAGUCAACAAUAAAUUGCUGGAAAUUACGAAAAAGUGAUGAAUCUGCUGAUUUGGAUGAUAUACCAACGACCCCAUACAACACUGAACCAUUUAGAACACUUCAAGGAGCUGCUGCUAUAAGAAAAUAUCAUGUAUUAAAUGAUAAAAGAACAAUACUUACCCAGGAUACAGAAAAAAAUGUUGCCCUUUAUGACGUUCUUAAGGCUUCUAAAUUACAAGAUUUGGGUCAAGUAGACUUUGAUGAGGAGAUAAAAAAGAGACAUAGAGUUAUCUACAUACCAAAUUGGUUUAGUGUUGAUUUAAAAACUGGUAUGCUUACAAUACAUUUAGGGCAAGAUGAAAAUGACUGUUUCGCUGCUUGGGUUUCAGCAAAAGAAGCAGGAAUUCAUGUUACAGAUGAUAAUUUAAGAGUUAAUUAUGGAAAUCGUAUGUUACGUUCACUUUUGGAAAACUGGUUGAAUCGAAUUCAAACAGAUUCAGCUGAAGGAAUGCAGUCAUCUGACCUAACUGCGCAAACAAAACUUGAUUCUCAGUGUUGUCGAAUUCCUUCUCAUACACCUCUUAUGAUCAGUGAAGUUGGUGGACGAUGUUUGUAUAGAAUGCUAGUUAGUCAAGCGGGUGACGAGAAUGAUGUUUCGAUUUUAAAUGAGACAAUUCCUGCGUGGGUUAUGAACGUCGUUGUUGAAAAAACUAUACCUAAAGCAUUAAAGAUAUCAUUUUAUCUUGUACCGCAUUCGAAUUCUUGUAUUAGGCCUAUGAAAAACGGCACACUUCGUCCUUGUAGAGAUCGCUUAGUGGCUAAUGAUUUUAUUCAAGUACAAAAAAUAGCUGAGUAUAUUCAUGAAAAAUUAUCUGAAAAUGAUAGUAACGGGCCGUAUAAUAAAACAUCAGACUGCUUUAGCAACCAUUUACAAGGAAAUACUCCAGAAAAAAACUUUGAGCUUAGCUGCAAUGAUCAAGUUCUUUCCCCCACAAUGGAUUUAAGAACUGUCAAACAUUUUAUUUGGAAGUCAUCAGCAGACUUAACCAUUUAUUUUAAGCCUAAACACUAAAUACUAUUGUAAACAUUUUCCCUUAUUAUAAAUAGUUAUUACUUGUUAAAAUUAUGUAAACCAUUUUUAAUCUUCAAUUUUUUUUGUGUGUAAUUAAUUUUUCAAUCUUCAAUUCCUUUUUGGUUUUUAUUCUCAAAAUCGAAUAAGUAAAUUACUGUUUAAGCAUUUAUAAAUUGAUUUCCUUAAGAGUUUCUUCGCAGUGUAUUAAGAUUUUGUUUAGAAGCUGUACAUUUUAUCAUAAAAUUAACAUUUUGUGUCACAAAUGCAUGUAUUAUAUUUUUUAUUGUACAUCAUUUAUUUAUUUAAUUCAAGCAAUAUUUUAGUACAAUUUAUGUCACCACUAUUAAU